GUGUCAUUAUAAAAAAAUAUUUUAUAUUAUGUGGAUCGAAUAAAGUUAGUCUUUGUUAGUAAUUCACAAAGACCACACCUUUAAGAUGUUUGUAAAUAUAUUUUUAAGUUUAUUAGUGCUACGUUCGUGUUAUCUGGUAUAUAGUGAACGAUAUUGCAGCGAUUGUCAAAUUUAUUACACAUGUAAAGCAGCAGUUGAUUAUGCUCGGUUCAAGCCAGGCGACGAAACAAACAAGCUUUUUGAGAAAGCUGCGUGUGGAACAGAAACGGAAGAUGAAGACUCCGACUUUAUGGUAUGUUGCUCAGACUUUCCCAGCUUAAAUACAAGUCCACAAUCAACGCCUCCGGGAAGAAAAUUGGAAAGUAAAUAUGCAGAAUCGAAUGAAGAAAACUUUGAUUCGAUUUCGAUCGAAGAACAAUUUCCCAACAUGAUUCCGGAUAAAUGCGGCAGCAUUUUGGGAAAUCGAAUAUUUGGCGGCAGAAAAGCUAAACUAUUCGAAUUUCCAUGGAUGGUACUGAUCGCUCAUGAAACACGCGAAGGUCCCCAAUUUCAAUGUGGUGGAACUAUCAUUACCUCUAAAUAUAUUCUGACAGCGGCUCAUUGUGUCGUUGAUAAAAAAAUCGCAUCUGUCAGAAUAGGAGAGUUUGAUAUUAAUUUGGAAAAGGAUUGCGACUAUGAAAAGCACAAAACUAUCUGCAAAAAAGAAGUCCAGGAUAUGUAUGUCACAGAAAUAAUUCCACAUGAAAAUUAUCAAAGAUCACCAACCGCGAAUGACAUUGCUUUGCUGCGAGUAGAUGGCGAGAUCGUCUUUAACUACCCAAACGUGGAACCAAUCUGCCUACCACUGUCAUUUGAACUACGUAGCAAACAUCUGGAUCAUGAAUACGGCACAGUAGCUGGUUGGGGCUUCACUGAAACUGGUAGAGAAUCUGGAGUAUUGUUGAGAGUCGAAGUUCCUGUGAAAACUGACGCUGAAUGUAAAGGUUACUACAACAGAAAUACCCGGGAGAUCAUUAAUAAACAAUUCUGCGCAGGAGAUUUCAAAAAGGACUCUUGUAAUGGUGACUCCGGAGGACCUCUAAUGAUGAAAGCUAACUACAAUGGUGUCAAUAGUUACGUCCAGUAUGGCAUCGUGUCGAAGGGUCCAAUACAAUGUGGAUCGUCGUUCCCAGGCAUUUACACGGAUGUCAGAGAAUACGUCGAUUGGAUAUUAGAUAAUAUUAAAGAAUAAUUAAAUUAUCGGAAA